AUGGCAGCGACAACACAUCCCGAUCCACCCAUUCCUCUCAUCGACUCACUCGACAACCUUCGCGUAUCCAUCAGCAAGUUGCAAGAGGAUCACCUCUCAAAAGGUGUCCCUGUUUCGGGACGUAUCAUUCAUGUAACUCACUACAUACCCAUCGUCGCAACGUUGGAGUCCAACGCACCCCCGACCGCCAGCACCAUUAGUGAACAUGGCGUACCUACCCCUCCUCGCACGCCGGAUCGCGAGCGCUCGUUAACUUUGACUCCUUCUACCGUAUUGGAUAUUCCUCGUCCUACGUCAUCAUUGGAUGAACGCUCUGUGGAGCUGGAUGGUCCUAAGUGGUCCUUGCGUCCACGAAGAGGUCAUUCAGCCAUGAACAGUGGAAUACAAUCUCUAUGCGCCACCCAUGAACAAGUCAUCGUAGGCUGGACCGGUGAUUUGAAAAAGGGCCCUGGUAGUGAUGUCGAGCUUUCUGAGGAGAAUACUUCUUCUGCCACGAUUACAACGACAUCGAUUGCGACAGGUGCUUUGACCGAAACGGAUAAAGCGGCCUUGGAGGAGAAAAUUGCUAGUUAUCAGGAUCCUAUCGAACCCUCCUCUUCUUCCGCCUCUUCGAAACCUCUCUCAUAUGCUCCCGUAUGGCUGAACGACGCAACCGCCCACGGUCACUACGAUGGUUAUUGUAAAACCACAUUAUGGCCCCUAUUUCAUUAUUUACUUUGGCAAGAUGUCACGACUGAAUUGCAGCCCGUCGAUGACGUUCACUGGAAGGCGUAUGUCAAAGCUAACGAAGCGUACGCUAAGAAAGUUGCAGAGGUGUAUCAAGCUGGGGAUCUAGUUUGGAUUCACGACUAUCAUUGUCUACUUGUGCCGAAAAUGUUGAGGGCAUUGGUGCCCGAUGCAUACAUCGGGUUGUUCGUUCAUACACCUUUCCCCAGUUCUGAAGUGUUUAGGUGCCUACCAAAACGAAAGGAGCUUUUAGAUGGGAUGCUUGGUGCCAACCUCGUCUGUUUCAACACAUACUCUUACGCCCGUCAUUUCUCCUCUUCCUGUGUCCGCGUCUGUGGAUACGAAUCGACGUCAAAUGGGAUAGAUGUCCAAGGCCAAGUGACAACCGUCUUGUAUUGCCCAGUUGGAAUCGAUGCCGAUAGAGUUGAGAAAGACCUCGAGAGACCUGGGAUCCCUCCUAAGAUGGAAGCUGUGAGGGCGCUCUAUCAGGGGAAGAAAAUCAUUGUUGGAAGGGAUAAACUCGAUGUUGUGAAGGGUGUUGUGCAGAAGCUCAAGGCGUUUGAGAAAUUGUUGAUCGAUUAUCCAGAGUGGAGGGGAAAGGUUGUACUCAUCCAGGUGACUUCUCCAUCCUUGACGGAUUCACCCAAGCUCGAACGACAUGUCACGGAACUCGUCUCGCAUAUCAACGGCGAGUACGGGUCGUUGGACUUUGUUCCUGUUCAUCAUUAUCAUCAAACCAUCAAGAAGGACGAGUUUUAUGCCCUGUUAAGCGUGGCAGAUUUGGCCCUCAUCACGCCUCUUCGAGAUGGGAUGAAUACAACCAGUAUGGAGUAUAUCAUCUCUCAAGAAAGGACGAAUAAGAGCCCGUUGGUUUUGAGCGAGUUUAUGGGUACUUCGCCAAACUUGUCGCAGGCUUUGCAAGUGAAUCCUUGGGAUCUAGGGGACGUUACCCGUCAAAUCAACUAUGGACUUAGAAUGAACGAUGUUGAGAAGUCUCACCGGCAGGCUGCUCUCUACAAAUCGGUUCGAAUGCACACGUCUCAUACAUGGGCUGCGGUUCUCGUCAAGAUGCUACUUUCUGUUGUUGGAAAUGAGAAAAGUGCGAAGCAGACACCUUAUUUGGAUAGGGUUAAAUUGCGGGCCAAGUACGCUGCUGCAAACAAGAGGUUGCUCAUGUUUGAUUAUGAUGGAACGCUCACCCCUAUUGUCAAAACACCCAGUAUGGCCGUCCCAUCGAAACAAACCCUCGAAGCACUGCAGAAACUCUCGUCAGACCCGAAGAACGUCGUGUACAUCAUCUCAGGGCGAGAUGGUGCCUUUUUGGACCAACAUUUAGGUCACCUCAGUGACGUUGGCUUCUCGGCAGAGCAUGGAAGUUUCCUCAAGGAGCCAGGUGGACCCGGAUUGGCAGGGAUUCAACGGGAGUGGGCGAACUUGACCCUCUCGCUGGAUAUGUCUUGGAUGAACGAGGUCAGGGAGAUUUUCGAGUAUUACACUGAGAGGACGACGGGAAGUUUCGUUGAGUUGAAGAAGAGCUCGGUUACGUGGCAUUACAGGGCCUCUGAUCCUGAUUGGGGUUCGUUCCAGUGCAAGCAGUGCCUUGAUUUGCUGGAAACCAACGUCGCUCCGAAGCGGCCUAUCGAAGUCCUUGUUGGGAAGAUGUGUCUUGAAGUCAGACCUAUAGCGAUCAACAAGGGAGAGAUCGUCAAGCGGUUGCUGUAUAAUCACUCUGAUGCUGAGUUCAUCUUCUGUGCCGGAGACGACAAGACCGAUGAAGAUAUGUUCCGCGCGCUUCAGAUUGUCAUCCCUCAAUUCUCCCCCAACGGUGCCUCGACCCCCAAUAGAAUGGAACCACCUAUCUCGGCCUCCCUCUCUGCUUCCCCAGCUCACUCAGCCAAUACGUCCCCCAAGCCGGAGCUCCAACCCGUUGAUCUUUUGGCCGACCCAACGUGUGUAUUUUCCACGUCUGUGGGGCCUAGUACGAAGAAAACAUUGGCGAAGUGGCAUGUUACCACUCCUCAGGAGAUCGUGGAGAGCAUUCUUGAGGCGCUUGAUGAAGACGCACCAGAAAAGAGUCAUCUCUGA